AAUUGACAAUGACGAUUAUAUUAGAUUCCAAAAAGCGAAUGAGCUAAAAUUAAUGUUUUACUUUGGUUUGGAAACUAUUAUUAUCAAAAUGGCGUCAUUAUGAUGGAAAAUGUGUAGAAAAGGAAACUGGUAAGAUGUCAACAAAACGUCCAGCCAGUGAUGCUGGGGGCUCGGAUGGACCCCCAGCAAAGAAGAGUUUUACGAGGAUUGAGCCCCUCAAUUUGGGCUCAAUUUACUCCUUGGAACAAAUGGAUAUGAAGGUGUUACAGUUCCAGAACAAGAAGUUAGUAGAGAGAAUAGAUCAGAGGAAGAGAGCGGAGGAGGAGCUACAUAAACGUAUAGAACAGCUGGAAAAUAGGCAACGAACUGAUGAUGCUGUACUCAUGAUUGUAAACAGAUACUGGAACCAGUUGGAUGAAGAUGUUAGAGUUUUGGUACAGAGAUUUGAUGCUGAAACUGCUGAUGAAGAUGAAAAUAAAAAUCAAAGUACAGAAACAACAUCAUUCCUUGCCUUGUUGUCUACCUGGGAUCGUCAGGAGUUAGAACAAAGGUUAGGUCAGAGAGUGGAGUUCUCUAAACGUGUCAUUGGCAAGUUGUUACAGGCAUUUGACAGACUGUUACAGAGAAAUGAGAAACUUAACAAUGCCCUUAGAGAUAAAGUGGACCAGGAGGAGGAGAUGGGAUCCGAGCUGGUUAGUUCAGAUAUUGCUGCUAUACCUGAAAUUUCUCCCAUGAAGUCUGAAGCCGACAUAAAGAAAGAGCCGAAAGAGCCCGAGGAAACAACAGCUGCUAGUAGUGAAGUUAAAACAGAAACUGAAGAAAACAAGCCCAGUGAAGAGUCAACAGAGGGGACAGAAGUUAAAACUGAACCAACAACUGGUGGGACUACAGAAGAAGUGAAAGAAGUUAAGAAGGAAGGAGAACAGCCUGUUGAAGUGAAAACAGAGGUCAAGGUUGAACCCAUGGAGACGGCAGAGGUCAAAGUUGAAGAGAAACCUUCGAGUCCACUAUCUGUUAGAGCAAUGAAGGAUGAACUUCAAGAAUUACAGACAGAAAAUAAACGUCUACAUAACAUGGUGACUGAUCUUCAUCAAAGACAUCAUGAAAAUACUCUCAAGGUUGCAGAACUUCAGGAUAAAUUGACAGCAGCAGAGACUGAGAUUGCCGAGUUAAAGAAUCAGAGUGAAGAUCUGGAGUAUAAUUAUCAGGUGUCUUCUCAACGUGCUGAAAAACUUGACCGAUAUCUGUCCGAUGCUUUCCAGAAACUACAGACAUACGAGGAUAAGAAUGUUAUACAAUUAGAGGGAGGCAAAUCUGUAACUGGUGUCUCCAAAAAUAAGUUUGAUGAGAUUAUAUCUGACCUGGAGGAACAGAAAGAUCUAGCAUCUAACAGACUUGCUGAGUUAGAAAAACUGCAGAAAGAUCAUCAAAAAGCCCUGAAAGAUAUAGAACAGCUUAAACUAGAUUUACAACAUCUACCAGAGAGUGUGAUAGUGGAGACAACGGAGUAUAAAUGUUUACAGUCACAGUUCUCUGUAUUAUAUAACGAGAGUUUACAGAUGAAAACACAACUUGACGAGUCUAGAACUCUCGUCCUGACCAAUAAAAACGCUCAUCUGAGACAGAUAGAACAAAUGGAGAGUGAUGAAUUAAUGAAUCAGAAGAAGUUGAGAACAGAGGUUAUACAACUUGAAGACGCCCUUGGUCAGGUACGAAAAGCGUACGAGAUGUUGCGAAUAGAAUUUGAACAAACACUGGCUGCACAUGAACAGACAGGUUCUAUUAAUCAGGAAAUGAGAAACCUGAUUCAGAGUUUACAGAAACAAAGUAUGCAGGUGAAGGCUGAAGCUCAGCGAAAUAGAAGGAAAGUGAAAGAAUGUCAAGCUGAAAUUAAUAAGAGAGCUGUCAGGAAAUCUCAGGAUAAUCAGAAGGAACUAAAGUUAUUAUUAGACAUGUAUAAAAGUGCACCAAAAGAGCAAAGAGAUAAAGUUCAGUUAAUGGCAUGUGAGAAGAGAUUAAACAAGGAGAUAGAUGAUUUAAGACAACAUAUCAAGAAGAUGCAGGAGACAGAGAGAAAAGAACGUAAAAAACUUGCCGAAGAAGAUGCUCUAAGGAAAAUCAAGAAACUAGAAGAAACUAUAACAGAACUACAGAAAAAUCUGGCAACUCAAAAACAAAGAGAAGAUGUACUAUUAAAUGAGAUGGAUGCAACAGGACAGGCGUUUGAGGACAUGCAGGAACAAAAUACACGUCUACUACAACAACUGAGGGAAAAAGAUGAUGCCAACUUUAAACUUAUGUCUGAGAGAAUUAAGGCUAACCAGAUACAGAAAUUAUUGAGAGAGGAGAAAGAAGUUUUAGCAGAACAAGUAUCUACAAUACAUACUCAGGUUGAGGCACAGAUAUUAGUUGUUAGAAAACUGGAGGAGAAGGAAAGAGUCUUACAAAAUAAUAUCAUGACCAUGGAGAAAGAAUUAGCGUUAACCCAACAGGCAUUAGAGUUACAUAAACGUAAAGCAGUAGAGAGUGCACAGACUGCGGCCGAUCUUAAACUUCAUCUCGAUAAAUACCAGGCUCAGUUACGUGAAGCCCAGGUAGCUGUAGCUGAAAAAACAGGUGCUAUAGAACAGGAGGCUUACAAAUACAAGAGAAUGCAGGAGGAGAUAGCAAAGUUACAACGUAAAGUAGAAAGAAGUAAGAAGAUAGAGAUGGCUGGAGGUGCUGACGAGGUUUUAUUGGCUGAGAUACAGGAAUAUAAGGAGCAGUUAACUUGUCCAUCAUGCAAAGUGAACAGGAAAGAUGCAGUGUUGACAAAGUGUUUCCAUGUGUUCUGUCUAGAAUGUUUAAAGACCAGAUAUGAAACAAGACAGAGAAAAUGUCCAAAAUGUAACGCAGGAUUUGGUGCGAAUGACUAUCAUAGACUUUAUCUCACUUAGUACAUGUACUAAUAUAUAUGGUAUGUGUGUAUAUGUGUACAAUAUAUGUAUAUAUGUCUCUUUUUACACAGCAUAUUGCAUAUAUUAUAUGAAUGUUGUCAGUAUGUGUAGGAAAAAUGUCACGUGUUCUGUGUGAUUGUGUUUUUGGAAGCAUCUAAGUACAUUUCUUUCUUGUCAUAUAUUUUUUCUAUUUGACAAGUAAAGAAGUAAUAGUAAUGGAGGAAUUUAUGAAAUAUAUAAUUGUGAAGUAUGCUUUCUAAAUUUCUGUAUUAUUUUAAGUGAUUUUAUGUUAAAAUAAGCAUAAAAUAAAAUAAAAAUGUAUAAAAUUAA